GGUCACCAAGCAGCAUGCACCCUGCCCUGCUUCUCCUGCCCAGCCUCCUGGGGGCCGCCCUGGCCAGCCCCAUCCAGGGCCCCCAGGAGUGUGCCCGGGGCUCGGUGGAGUGGUGUCGGGACCUGCAGGCAGCGGCAAGGUGCGGGGCUGUGAGGCACUGCCAGGGUGCCGUCUGGAGCCAGCCAACCGCCAGGACCCUGCCCUGCGACGUCUGCCUGGAUGUGGUGGCUGCUGCCGGCAACGGGCUGAACCCCAACACCUCGGACGCCGACAUCCUGGCUUUGGUGACGAAGACCUGUGAGUGGCUUCCCAGCCAGGACUCUUCGGCCAAAUGCAAGGAGAUGGUGGACGCCCACAGCUCGGCCAUCCUGAACAUGCUCUGGGGGGACCCAGGCAGCCCCCCGGGCCAGGUGUGCGCGGCCCUCACCCUCUGCCAGCCACUGCAGAGGCUCCCGGCCACCCCGGGGCCACUCUCUGAGGAGGAUACAUCCGAGCUGGUGGCCCCAUUCAUGGCCAGUGGCCCCCUCAGCUUCCACCUUCCACAGACUCCGGAGGACGCAGUGUGCCAGGACUGUGUCCGGCUGGUCACCCGGCUCCAGGGCGCCGUCGGGUCCAACGUGUCUGCCUUGGCAGAGGUGACCGCGCAGGAGCAGUGUAAGUCGCUGGAGCCGGGCCUGGCCCUGCUCUGCAAGGACUACAUCCUCCAGUCCCUCAACCCCGCGGAGCACAUGCUGAGGCUCGUCCUGCCCGAGGAGACCUGCGAGAAGGGGGGCUUCUGCGAGGAGCUGCGGGGACCCCCCGGAGGCAGGGUCCCUUCCCUGGAGCCGCUGUCCUCAGGGAAGAGGAACCAGGUACAGAUGGAGGCCGGCCUGACCUGUGAGGUGUGCCUGCAGGUGAUCCAGGAGCUGGACCGGUGGCUGGAAGCCAACAGCACGGAGGCCAUGAUCAGCCGGGCCCUGGAGCGCGUGUGUUCCGUGAUGCCCGCGUCCAUCGUCCGGCAGUGCGUCACCAUGGUGGACAACUACAGCCCCGCCCUGAUCGAGUUCGUGACCACCGUGCCCCCCGAGAGGGUGUGUGAGAUCGUCCGGCUCUGCGGCAGACGGCGCCGGGCCCGGGCCCUCCGCGAGCCCCACCUCACCACCCUGCCGCCCCUGCUGGACAGGAACAACCAGGGCAGCUUCUGCAGAGGGUGCCAGAGGCUGCUGGGCGUGUCCUCCCACGACCUGGACCGCAAGAGCACCAAGCGCGGCAUCCUGCAGGUCUUCAAGGGCGGCUGCCGCAUCCUGCCGCUGCCCUACAUGAUCCAGUGCAACCGCUUCGUGGACGAGUACGAGCCCGUGCUCAUCGCCUCCCUCCGGGACAUGAUGGACCCCGCCGCCCUGUGCGCCAAGGUGGGCGCCUGCCACGCGCCCCGGACCCCGCUGCUGGGCACCGACCAGUGCGUCAUGGGCCCCAGCUUCUGGUGCGCCAGCCCGGAGGCGGCCGAGAUGUGCAACGCCCUGGAGCACUGUCAGCGCUACAUGUGGAAGGUGGCGCCCUUCCACGCCGACGGCUCGAGCGACUGCGGCCGCCAGCCGCCCCCUGCCUAGCGGCGCCCCCCGGGAGCCCUUCUCUCCCUGAGCCCUGCGGAAACCCCCGAGGUGGGUGCUGUCCCUGCUCCCAUUUCACAGACGAGCAGGGAGGCUCUGGGCGGGGAGGCUGCAGAGGGCUGAGGUUCUGACCCCACCGAACCAUGGGGCCGUGCGUUUGCCCUUGGAGGUGUCUCCCGUGGAACAAGCUGUGGGCACGACCCUGCCCCCCUGCUCAGCCCUGGCACUGGGACGGGCUGACAAAUGGGGCCCCCUGUCUCUCCUGAUGAGCACCAGAGCUGGGAGCCAGGCGGCACCC